UACAGUACAGUCCCCUACACUGCUCUACACUGCUCUACCAAAAUGACCGUGCGUAUCGCUACAGGCCUCGUCCAGGGUGUCCCCUCGGAGCACAACGCGCGAGUGACCGUCUACCGCGGGAUCCCCUACGCAGCCUCGACAGCCGGCGAGAACCGAUGGCGUGAACCGCAACCCCCCGCGCCGUGGGAAGGGGUGCGCGUGGCAGACAAGUUUGGACCGGUGUGUCCGCAGAUUCCUGCCGGGUCGAUGUCUUGGAGCGAGGAUUGUCUAUCGUUGAACGUGUGGACGCCUGGAUCAGAAGAAGGAGGAGAGACGAAGACACAAAAAUUACCCGUCUUGGUUUGGAUCUACGGAGGCCGGUUCACCAGCGGUGCUGGGUCUGACGCCUCCUUUGAAGGUACCGGUCUGGCAUCUAAAGGGAUCGUCGUGGUCACGCUCAACUACCGUUUGGGAAUCCUGGGGUGGCUGGCGACGCCCGAGCUGAGCGCAGAAUCCGGCCACAACGCGUCAGGAAACUACGGGCUGCUCGACCAGCUGGCCGCGUUGCGCUGGGUAAGGGAUAACAUUGCGGCGUUUGGCGGGGAUGCAGCCCAGGUGACGAUCGCGGGCCAGUCGGCCGGCGGUGCAUCGGUAGGCCUGCAUGUGUUGAGCCCGCUGUCUCGCGGUCUCUUCCGCGGGGCGAUCAAUCAGUCUGGGUUCCGGGACCCGUGUGACCCUUUACUCAGUGGACUCUCGCCGGCGUACAGAAGUAAAGCAAAGGCAGAGGCGCAGGGUGAAGAGACAGUGCAUGAAAAGGGAGCCGCCAACAUCACCGAACUGCGCCAGAUGGACCUCGCCCACCUGCUGGAGGGGAACAACAAGAACGACGACAGCCAGUGGGGUACGCCGCCGUUCUGGCGCCCCUGUAUCGACGGGUACAUGGUUCCCCUGACGUACGGCGAGUCGUUGGCCCAGGGUAUCCAGGCCGACGUGCCCAUCAUGACGGGCCACAACUCCGACGAAGGCGGCACGUACCUGGACCCAGCCUUUUCGGCGACGGACUACGAGUCGUGCGCGCGGCAGAAAUACGGCGUCCUAGCCGAUCGGUUCCUACACUUGUAUCCGCUUUCCGAGACGGUCACGCCGCGCGAGGCUUGGAACGAGGCAGCGCGCGAUAACUCGCGUGUAACCGUCGCGCGGUGGGCGGAGAAGUUCCAUGCCCACGCCAAGAGCCCCGUGUAUGGAUACUUCUUCAACCAUGCGCCACCGGCGAAGACGGCAGCGACGGGCAGUAGCCAGAAUACGCAGCCUACGCCGAUGGUCCAGGCGAAAGUCGACCGCUCCGUGUACACGUACAUGAAGAAUGCACCGGGGGAGCCACGCGGGGCGUACCACAGCGCGGAGAUUCCGUAUGCGCUGAACAACCUCGACGCGCAGGAUGGAUACCCGUGGACGGAGACUGAUAGGCAGGUGGCCGAGUCGAUGUCGAGCUACUGGGCUGGCUUUAUCAAGACGGGGAACCCGGGCGAGGACUUUAUUCGUACAGACAAGACUAUUAUGACGCUGGGGGAGACGUGCGGGGAGACGCCUCUGGCGGCGAGUCUGGAGCGGGUUGUUUUUUGGAAUGAUCAUUUGGCUUCGCAGAGAGAGUGGUAGACAGAGCGAAGCUCUGCAACUAGUCUGGUAUCAAUCAAUGAGUUAUGAGUAUAGUCUGAUAUAGAUAUAAAUGAUACUGCAGUCUACAAUAUAAUCAUGCUGUCUCUCGAAGACCCUUCAGAAACGAAAACAUCACCGGGUCAGCCAUUUUCAAGGCGUGAUAAAACUGUCUGAACCCGUCUCUCAAGUCUUCUUCGUUAAAAAUGUCCAUUCCAUCAACGUACUCUACUAGAUACGUCAACAGUGCCAUCCAGUAGGACCGCCGGACGGUCUCGUAAUCUCGACAGAGGAGAAAGAUGAGAGCUUCACAGUAUCUCACGGGGGACGGGAUUCGGACGGGGCUCGGGCAUAGAAAGCGACCUCGACCGCGACCCAGUGUAGCUGACGGUAGCCUCUCGUCCGACGCGCUGAUGAUGUUCGGAUCUGUGUAUUGCGAAGACUUGAGGUCUGGAAAUUCCCAGAGUAGGUCCGACUCCCGGAACAGU